AUGAGCACCAUGCGGCUGCUGCUGCUCGCCCUCCUCUUCUCCUCGUCCUUCGCCCGCGCCGGCUGCGACCCUAAGAUCGUCAAUAUCGGCGCGGUGCUGAGCACCAAGAAGCACGAGCAGAUCUUCCGCGAGGCCGUAAACCAGGCCAACAAGCGGCACGGCACCUGGAAGCUCCAGCUCAACGCCACCUCCGUCACCCACAAGCCCAACGCCAUCCAGAUGGCCCUGUCCGUCUGCGAGGACCUCAUCUCCAGCCAGGUCUAUGCAAUAUUAGUUAGUCACCCUCCUGCUCCCAACGAUCACCUAACACCAACACCUGUAUCAUACACAGCUGGCUUCUACAGGAUCCCUGUCAUUGGUCUGACAACACGCAUGUCUAUAUACUCUGAUAAGAGCAUCCACCUGUCCUUUUUGCGCACGGUCCCACCCUACUCUCACCAGGCCAACGUCUGGUUUGAGAUGAUGAGAGUCUUCAACUGGAACCACGUCAUCCUGAUAGUCAGCGACGACCACGAGGGUCGUGCUGCACAGAAGAAGCUGGAGACCCUCCUGGAGGAGAAAGAGUCCAAGAGUAAAAAAAGGAACUAUGAAAACCUCGACCAACUUUCCUAUGACAACAAGCGAGGACCCAAGGCUGAGAAAGUGCUUCAGUUUGACCCUGGGACCAAAAAUGUGACAGCGCUGCUGCUGGAGGCGAAGGAGCUGGAGGCCAGGGUCAUCAUCCUCUCUGCCAGCGAGGAUGACGCGGCCACGGUGUACAGAUCAGCAGCCAUGCUCAACAUGACCGGCUCGGGCUACGUGUGGCUGGUGGGGGAGCGGGAGAUCUCGGGCAAUGCCCUGCGCUAUGCCCCGGACGGAGUGAUCGGCUUACAGCUCAUCAACGGCAAGAACGAGUCAGCCCACAUCAGUGACGCUGUUGCCGUGGUGGCCCAGGCCGUGCACGACUUGUUCGAGAAGGAGAAUAUCACAGACCCACCGCGGGGCUGCGUGGGCAACACCAACAUCUGGAAGACGGGACCCCUUUUUAAGAGGGUGUUGAUGUCCUCCAAGUACUCAGAGGGUGUCACCGGCCGGGUGGAGUUCAACGAGGAUGGGGACAGGAAAUUUGCCAACUACAGCAUCAUGAACCUGCAGAACCGGAAACUGGUCCAGGUUGGGAUUUACAACGGCAGCAAUGUCCUGACCAAUGACAGGAAGAUCAUCUGGCCAGGUGGGGAAACUGAGAAACCUCAAGGCUAUCAGAUGUCAACCAAGUUGAAGAUUGUGACCAUCCACCAAGAGCCCUUUGUGUAUGUGAAACCCACUCAGGCAGAUGGGACAUGCAGGGAGGAAUUCACCAUCAAUGGAGAUCCUGUCAAAAAGGUCUUCUGCACUGGACCCAAUGAGACCAUCCCAGGCCGUCCCACCGUGGCACUGUGCUGCUAUGGCUUCUGCAUCGACCUGCUCAUCCGCCUGGCAGGCGUGAUGAACUUCACCUACGAGGUUCACCUGGUGGCUGAUGGUAAAUUUGGUACCCAAGAGAGGGUGAACAACAGCAACAAGAAGGAGUGGAACGGGAUGAUGGGGGAGCUGCUGAGCGGCCAGGCUGACAUGAUUGUGGCUCCCCUCACCAUCAACAAUGAGCGGGCUCAGUACAUCGAGUUCUCCAAGCCCUUCAAGUACCAGGGCCUCACCAUCCUCGUGAAGAAGGAAAUCCCCCGCAGCACCCUGGACUCAUUCAUGCAGCCCUUCCAGAGCACGCUCUGGCUGCUGGUGGGGCUGUCUGUGCACGUGGUGGCAGUGAUGUUAUACCUCUUAGACCGAUUCAGCCCAUUUGGCCGGUUCAAAGUAAACAGUGAGGAGGAGGAAGAAGAUGCCCUGACUCUCUCCUCAGCCAUGUGGUUCUCCUGGGGAGUCCUGCUGAACUCUGGCAUUGGAGAAGGUGCUCCCCGGAGUUUCUCUGCCCGUAUCCUUGGCAUGGUGUGGGCUGGCUUUGCUAUGAUCAUUGUGGCUUCAUACACUGCCAACCUGGCAGCCUUCCUGGUGUUAGACCGACCUGAGGAGAGGAUCACAGGCAUUAACGACCCCCGGCUGCGCAACCCCUCGGAUAAGUUUAUCUACGCCACAGUGAAGCAGAGCUCUGUGGACAUCUACUUCCGACGGCAGGUGGAGCUGAGCACCAUGUACCGGCACAUGGAGAAGCACAACUACGAGAGCGCUGCUGAGGCCAUCCAGGCAGUGAGGGACAACAAGCUCCACGCCUUCAUCUGGGACUCGGCGGUGCUGGAGUUCGAGGCCUCCCAGAAGUGUGACCUGGUGACCACGGGGGAGCUCUUCUUCCGCUCCGGCUUCGGGAUCGGCAUGCGCAAGGACAGCCCCUGGAAGCAGAACGUCUCCCUGGCCAUCCUCAAGUCUCACGAGAACGGCUUCAUGGAGGAUUUGGACAAGACUUGGGUGAGGUAUCAAGAGUGUGAUUCCCGUAGCAAUGCCCCAGCAACACUCACCUUUGAAAAUAUGGCAGGUGUGUUUAUGCUGGUGGCUGGAGGUAUUGUUGCCGGGAUAUUUUUAAUAUUCAUAGAGAUAGCUUACAAAAGGCAUAAGGACGCGCGGAGGAAGCAGAUGCAGCUGGCGUUUGCGGCCGUUAAUGUGUGGAGGAAAAACCUGCAGGAUAGAAAAAGUGGUAGAGCAGAACCUGACCCUAAAAAGAAAGCCACUUUUAGGUCCAUCACCUCCACCCUGGCCUCCAGCUUCAAGAGACGUAGGUCCUCCAAGGAUACGCAGUAUCACCCCACCGACAUCACCGGCCAGCUCAACCUCUCCGACCCCUCAGUCAGCACUGUGGUGUGACCUUCUCCCCGAGGGCCAUCAGUCCUUGCCCAACACAGUAGGAAGGCACAGCCAGGACUGUCUUUCAAGGGACACUGAUGGGUUCUUCUGGGUGAGAUGGGAGGAAAGCAUCCUUCAUCCAUACACAGUGACUCCAUUGUAUAUCUCCCUCCCUUCCUAGGCCUGCUGCCAUGCUCGUACCCCAGGAAGCACGGCAGAACCAGGACAAGGUUUGGACUUCACUGUACAGAGAUAAUUGCUUCCAAACAGUGCCACAAUGAUCAGAAUUGCCACUGACUGGCUCCGUGCAAGGGGAAAGGACUGCAGAAGGCACACAGUGCCUGCUUUCCCACAGUAGCAAGGAAGGGCUGGUGCCAGACCACAGGCACGUGCUUGACCUUACAGGUUGCAGCCUUCUGAGCACACACAGCCCCUCAGACAUGUGCUUCGCAUCUCUCACCACCUAGAGGGCUCUACGGUCCUGCGCAGCUGGAGCAGCCAGCUCCUGGUGUGGCAGGUUGGGCACAUGUUCCUGCUGUGCCGAGUGACCCUCCCGUCUGCCGCAGGGGCUGGAAGAUGUGUGCUCUGCUCCUUGCCGGAGAUGGACCCUCUUCCCCUCCCCCGCAUCGUCCCGUCCGUGGUCCGGCAGCAGCAGGAGAGCUCCCUCCCUGCAGCCCUCGCCCCUGAGCUACUCGCGGUACUCCGGGGCCGUGGAGUGCUGCCAGCCGAGAUCCCGGCUCCCACCUCUCCUGCACAGAAAUAUCCCCGGGACCUGGCCACGGCCAGCAUGUAGCACUCACACAGCAGCUCUCCUGGCCAGGAAUUCUCCACGGGAAAUGGCUCUGGAUGGUUGCACUGACCUCUACCCCAGCUCCACACUGCCUCAGCACCAGCAAUGCAAGGAGAGAUGCUGCUGGCUGGUCCCGGCUCGGUGCGCUGCUGCAGCGGCCCCCCAGCCUGUCUGCACCGCCGGGGCACCACGGCCAGCGCUGGCGGCUCCCCUGCCACCCUCACCUGCGGUUCAAGCUUGCCAGCAGCUCCCGCGGCAGCCCUGCGGCCCCAGCUCACGGCGCUCCGUCUGCCUGAACCCGGAGACGUGGAAAGCAGACCCCAGCUCGGGAGAAGGAACCGAACGGGCCAGGCUGACCUCUUCCCUCCCCGCACCGUCGUCCCUUCGGGCCCACACGGCCACCCCGAGCAGCCUCCCCGUGGGCAGCGGGGCUGAGCAGCGUCUCCUGCCAGUCGGAACGCCCACCUGCAGCGUGGUAACCAGCCCCGGCGGCACGGACUGCCUUCCCCCGGCCCCAGGCUGCCCCCCCGGGCAGCAGCCCCGCAGGCAGGAUUUCACAUGGCAGCUGAGGUCUGUGAGCAUCGUCCCACCGACUGCUGUGGCUCCAUCAUGUUCAUCUAGCUCCAGCUGAGAAAUUGGACCCAUUCCACUUUAUACGUCAGUGUUACAUUAAUACCAAGUUUUUGCAAGAGCUCAGUAAAGUCUAGACUGGAUCAUGAAGUGGUUUAUUCCAGAGCCGUGUGCCUCUUUCUGUCUCUGACUUCUGGCAAAGCUGGCGGGGAGCCCUGUGGUGAAUCAGAGCCUCACCCAACCCUGCGGCAGGGUCUGCAAACAGUGGACAAACAGGGACAGGAAGGGAUGGAGAAACCAGGAGGGAGAAAGGCCAGGGGCUAUAGAGGAGACUGAGAGGGAAAGGGCAUCCCCAUCCUGGGAUACUCAGGUGACAGAGAGCCUGCACAGCCAGGCUGGUGCACAGGCCCUGCAGCGAGGGGACGGGGGCAGCAUGGAGCUGUGCAAACACCAGCACCAUGAUAGCUGGCCCUGUCCCACCUCCAUCCUGGGGAAAACUGUCCCCUGCCACUGCAGGCUCCAUCUCCUGGGAGCCAGCCUUUGGGAACAGGGGAUGGACUGCAGGGAUGAGGGCACUGGGGAAGUCCCCACACAUCAGCCCAUCCACAGGGAGAUCCAUCAAGGGAUCUCCAAAAUAGGAAGGUCACCCAAGGCUGAACUGAAGGAACAUCACCCAUCCACAGCAUCUUCCCCUUGUGCUGAGACGUCCAGCCCAGCCUCCAUGGGGGCUGAGCCUCAGGAUGGUCUGAGGGAAGGAGCAGGGGUCAGGUGGCCGUGCAGGGUGGCAAACAAGGUCUUACCUUCAAAUGGGAAGCCCAGGCCUUCCUGGAAAUAACUGAGCCCUCUCUAGAGAGGGUCUGGGAGAGCUGGGAUUGCUCCUGGGACGGGCAAGACGGCGAUCCCAGCAGAGGUCCUGCAGCCCUCCCAGGUGCAGGGCUGGCAGCACUGGAGCAGCUGCUGCCUCCAGCAGCUCCCUGCCAGCCCCCUGCCCCACAGCAGGGAGGAAGCAGGGAUCUGGCCAUGUGGCAGCACACGGGGCUGGCUUCGCUCUUAAAAGUAAAAACAGGAGCAAGCCUCCACUGAGGUGAUGCCUGGUUUAUUCAUGUGUGAUUCACUGAACCCUUGCCAAGAGCCCGCUGAAGAUGCACUGACUCCUGCCACAGCCUUGGCAGGUCCCAGCUCUUGCAUGGGCAGGAGAUGGAGUGGACAAGGCUGGUGGUCACAGCAUCUCAUUGUGGCUCUGAUCAUCUUGCAGUGGGUAAGAGGUCAGGCCAAAAAGGGCUCUUGUUUCUCCUUGAAAGGUGUUUCUGUCACCUCAGCUUGUGGCUUUCUUGUGGAGAUCAGCUCCAGAUCCUUCCAGGCCAUCUCCCAGCACACUCAUGGAGCACUUCCAGCAGCAUUUCUACAGGAAAGAGGAGGGAGCAGGGCAGGGAGGUGCAGGGGCAGCCCCAGCCCCUAUUUGUGGGUGAUGGGGGUGAGGCAGCAGCCAAGGCUGCUGUAAAGGGCCCCUGUAAAGGGCUUGUUUGUCCCCACUCCCAGCACUGAGCUAACCCCACCCCUUGGCUGGGGAUGAGCUGUAGCCUGGGGUAAAGUUAUUGAGGGAGAAACCACUGUAGCCUCCCCCAUCCUUUGGCAGCUGCUCUGCCCAAACACAGCAGUGGCAGCUCUUCCUGGCCCUCACCCCAAACUUCAGCCUCACCCUAGACCUUGGUUGUUGGCUGAGCCGUCUCAGCACCAGCAUUCCUGACUCAACAGAAAAAAAAAAAAAAUCAAAAGGAGCUUUUUGCAACCAGCCCUGUCCUUGGGCAGCACUCUGACAGGCCUAGCAUGGUCUGACAGCCCCAUGGAGGCUUUGGAAUGCUCCAAACCACCUAGAGAUCUUCAGGUGCACCAAAAGGCACACAGACAGCUCUGGGGUACCCUAAAAGGAAAACAAUGCCUGCCAGGACACAAAAGACAAACAUGGCACUUAGGUGGAGGAAAAGCCAACUCAAGGAGUUCUGAGGGCACAGGAAAAAAAAGCACUGAGGCUGCUGGGGUCACUGAAGGCAGUCAGAGGGUGCAGGGGGCACCAAAAGGCCCAAGGAGCAAACGGAAA